AUGGAUAGCGAGUCUAGUACAUGUAACAGCGAUGAGAAUAGGGAUUAUGAAGAGAGUGGUGGGAGCUCAAGUCCAAUGGUGCGGGGUAGGGGUACACGGGCAAGUGGGAGGCCAUCAAGGCGACGAGGUCCUGGGCGUGGAGUUCGGGGGCGGGGGCGUGGUCGAGGACAAUAUAGGGCCCCAGCACCAACCAGUGCAGAGUUGGCUAGGCAGGAACAAGAAGAACGAAGAAGGUCACUUGAGUUUCCAAGUAUCAUUUUUGAUAUUAAUGACGCCCCAGGCAUGGGAGGCCAUCAUCCCCCACCAGGUAGUGUAGCACCAGACUGGUGUUCCUGUGGCAAUUGCCGUGAUAUGCCAACAGAAGUAGAGAGGCGCUGUUGUCGGCAUACACCAGAACUUUGUACUACAUUAAUGCCCGACUUCAGAGUGAUUGUACUCCAUGAAGCUGUGCUGGCAGUAGCAAGGCUAUACAGACAGGAUGUGUUAGCCAUUCCAAAUGACGAUGACUACAACAGGGGUAACAGACAUGCAGCCUAUAGACAGUUUGUAUUGUGGCAACAUGGACGUCUUGGGGCCGGUGUUCGGGCUGUUAUUCCGAGUUGUUGUGUCUGGGCUAUACGGGACAAGUACCCAGAUCAGUAUGGACAGUAUGUUGGGUUUGUUCCAUCCAGACUUGAGUAA